CCAAAUGUCUACACACCCAGCUGCAUCCCUCCCUGACAGCACAGGCUGAGAUUCACAACACCAGAGGAAUGUGCACAAUGAAACAGGAUCCCAGUGUCCUUCUGCCUCCAGGUAUUCCUCCGGCGCAGUCUACCUGGUGACGAUCACAUGAAGACAGCCCUGGCCGAGGAAGCACCAUGCUCGUUGCCCUUGCACAGCGACGCAGCUGCUGCAGAACCUCAAGCAACAGCCAUCGUAAAGGAGACAUGGACUGGCUGAUGGUGCAGCAUUAUCACUAGUGGGUGUAAUCGCACACUCCCAUCACUGAACGACUCUGAGUGUGACCUGCAUACAAAUCCCUGGGACCCCCUGAGCAGAGGAGUCAGAGGAGAGGGGGGUGGGCAGCACUCACUGACUGAUCCUGGCUCAGCUUCUCUUGGGAUUUACAAAUCACUAAAACUGCCUGAUCACAUCACAAAAAGUGGGUUUGGUUUGCUGGGCUGUGUCUUUGAUACUUUGACCUGGAGCUCCCCUGUCUGGUCCAACAGAUUACCCCCAAGCGGUCAGCAUUGAUCACUGGUGAAGCCCCCCUAAACAAGGAAUAUGAACAGGAAGACGAGACGCUGGAUCUUUCAUAUCUUUCUCAGUCUGGGGAUUGUCUACAUUAAGAUAGGAGGCUUCUCUUCUGUGGUGGCACUGGGGGCCAGCGUGAUCUGCAGUAAGAUUCCAGGCCUGGCACCCAGACAGAGGACUAUCUGUCUCAACAGACCUGAUGCUAUCAUUGUGAUCGGAGAAGGAGCGCAGAUGGGGAUCAAUGAGUGUCAGUUUCAGUUCAGACAUGGACGGUGGAACUGUUCUGCCCUGGGAGAAAGAACAGUGUUUGGGAAAGAGCUGAAAGUGGGCAGCAGGGAGGCAGCCUUCACGUAUGCCAUCAUUGCGGCUGGCGUGGCCCAUGCCAUCACAUCUGCCUGUACUCAAGGAAGCAUGAAUGACUGUGGGUGUGAUAAGGAAAAACAAGGACAAUUCCACAGAGAUGAAGGCUGGAAAUGGGGAGGCUGUUCUGCUGACAUCCGUUAUGGAUUAUUUUUUUCCAAGGAUUUUGUGGACUCCAGAGAGAUCAAGCAGAAUGCAAGGACUCUCAUGAAUUUGCACAACAAUGAGGCUGGACGUAAGGUCUUAGAGGAGAACAUGAAACUGGAGUGUAAGUGUCAUGGAGUAUCAGGAUCUUGUACAACAAAGACCUGCUGGACCACACUGCCAAAUUUUCGUGAAAUAGGAUUUCUAUUAAAGGACAAAUACAGUGAAGCUGUUCAAGUUGAGCCAGUUCGAGCCAGCAGACAUAAGCGACCGAUGUUUCUCAAAAUCAAGAAACCGCUGUCAUAUCGCAAACCAAUAAAUACAGACUUGGUGUAUAUAGAAAAAUCUCCAAAUUAUUGUGAUGAAGACCCAAUAUCAGGCAGUGUGGGGACGCAGGGUCGACUGUGCAACAAGACAGCCCAGCAUACGAGUGGCUGUGACUUAAUGUGCUGUGGAAGAGGGUACAAUACCCACCAGUACUCUCGUGUAUGGCAGUGUAACUGUAAAUUCCACUGGUGCUGCUACGUGAAAUGUAACACAUGCAGUGAAAGAACAGAAGUUUUCACCUGUAAAUGAGAACCUUACCCAGAUGAGGACAUGUUUUAGCCCUGGGAACUAAUAUCGUACAUUUGCACAAGAUCUUAAGCCACAUACUGCAAGACUGUGACCUAGAGUUCCAUUCCCUUGUAGGAACCGAAGUGAAUGGACCAUUGUUGUCUUUUCUAUGAGUAUCUUUGAGAUCUCAUCCAUGGACAGCCUGAUAUGUCUAAAUUCUUCAUUGUAGAUUUGUUCAGACUGUUAACAGCUAUAAAGAGUACAAGGCAGAGAAGACCUUUUUUGGGGAGCUCUCUGUAUCUGGGGGUCAUUUCACACAACUCAUGUAAUGAUCCAUUCCAGCAAAGAAUACACUACAUUUUGAGAGAUGUUGGGUAGGUAGCCAUAGCUUUUACACUGUGUUCAUUCCUUAUUUUUCUGUAUAGACAUGAAUCUGCUGAAGAAUCAAGCCACUGGUGGUACACAGAGGAAUAUUAUACAAACAGCCGCUAUGUUAACUGAGCUAACAGGAUAGGUUAACAAUGAACUUGUGUGACUUCCCGCUUGGAUUGUACAGAUUAAGGUUGUUUAUGCUCCUAAUUUUCACACCAUAAUUUUUUUAUUUUUUUUAGGUUUUUAGUUCUUCUCUUAUUUUUGUUUUGUUAAGUGAGGCGCUGUUAUAUACAUUAUAAAUACAUUUUUAUUAUUAUUUUUGUUGGCACAGGGACUUUAAAUAUUAGUGAUGAUAUUUAACAAUAUAUUUUAGAGUAAACUAAUAUUAAUUUAUUUAACAUAAAAAGAAACCUACUGCCAUUUGGAACUGUCUCAUACUGAACAAAAAAAUAUAUUUUUUUUUCAUUCCUUUCAAAAUGAGAUCUUUGUAUUUCAAAAACUGGAGGUGUAAAUAAUAUGUAUUACUCUGAUCCCAUUUAUAGCUGUGCACAGGGUUGCCCACCAAAAUA